UGGUCCUGCGUCAGUGAUCGCGAUGGGAUACGGUGGUGUGGUGCUAAGCGUGGUGGCGCUGUGCGCGCUAGCGGCGGCGUUGCCGUCCGUCAGAGACAAUACCUUGGAUGGGGGUGACCGAGUGGUGCUGGUGGCGCCGGUGCUGGCCCCGCCGCGGGACUCGCGCCCGUACGCCACCACGCGCUCGCGACAGUUCCCCAUACUGGUGCUGCUCGCACAGCCCGAUAUACCGGAGUACGUGCGCCAGGAGCCUGCUGCUAAGUCCCUGAAGGAAGACCCUCAGCCAAUCUACGUUAAGAAACUCGAGGACCAAGAGCAGAAUGGACACGGGAACAGACAGAAGCGUCACUUGCUGAAGAAGUUCCUAGGUAUUGGAGGGGGAGGCAUUUCCUUUGGUGGGGGCAUUGAUAUUAGCGGCGGCGGAGUUGAAUACGGCAAUGGGGGAGGCCACGGCGGCGGCUACGGCGGAGGCGGGGGCGGGGGCUAUGGCGGCGGCGGUGGCGGCGGAGGCGGGGGGGGCUACGGCGGAGGCUUCGGCGGCGGCUAUGGCGGAGGCCAAGGCGCAGGCUAUGGCGGAGGCCAAGGCGGCUAUGGUGGCGGCUACGAAGAACCAUCUAAAACAAUAAUUGUUAAAGUGGUGAAAGAGCAUGGACGCGGCCAUCACCAUGGUGGUUACGGAGGUGACGGCGGCUAUGGCGGAGGUCAUAACAAUGGGGGUUACGGCAACGGAGGCUAUGGCAACGGAGGUGGCUUCGGCGGCGGCUUCGGCGGUGGCUACGGCGGUGGCGGCGGCGGCGGUGGCGGCGGAGGCGGCGGCGGUGGAGGCGGCGGAGGCUACGGCGGUGGCUACGGCGGUGGCUUCGGCGGAGGCCAAGGCGGUGGCUAUGGCGGCGGCAACAAUGGCUACGGCGGAGGCAACAACGGAUACCACAACAGCGGUGGAUGCGGCGGCGGCUGCGGUGGUGGUGGCAACUACGGAGGAGGUAGUGCUACAGCCACUGCCACUGCUACUGCUACCGCUACCGCUCAUUCCGGAGGCGGCGGCUACGGAAAACGUUAACCCCAUCUUGCUCAGUGAGAUUACAGAGUGUUUCGAAGUGCGUGGACAACCUGUGAUUAAUGGUGACUGGACGAUACUCGCUACACACCAAAUAGCUUUAACUACUAAAUUGUUACUGGCUAUACUUAUCGUUGUUGAGAAAAAAGUAUGGAUGUACGAAGCGGGGUAAAAAAUAAAACUGUGCAGAAACUUCUUAGCCAGGAUGCCAAAAAAAUAAAAUAAAAAAAGUACGUACGUAGUCUUUUAUAGAGGCAAGAAAAGUGGCAUGUUUAAAUGGCAAAGAAAUUCAGGUUGAUAAAACUGCCAUACUCAUAAAUGCUUAGCGUCAAGCGGGAUGUGUGGGUCAAAAUAUAUGUAUUUUGAGUAGCACCGAGUUUGACGCGGAAUUAAAGAUUGCAGCUGUUUUGCUCACGCAUAGCCGUGUGUAUUUUUUACACUUGUCUAUUGCGGAGUGAGACAGCCUUUGAAACGAAAUCCAUGAUAUGUAUAGCUAGUAGCAUUCAAUAAAACUAAUUACCUAUUGUUAUGCUUACUUGUAAUUUUGAUAUAAGGAUUGAAAUACAGGUUUCUUUAUUA